GUGAGCUGAUCAGAGAGAAAGCAUUCUGCCAGCCCGGCUCCUACCAAUCGCAAAUCACUUCCCAACCUCCGCCUUUUUAACAUAUUUGAUCACUUUGAUUCUCCACUCCUUUUCCUAUUAUUUUUUCAGUACACGGAGGAGGUUUGCAGGUUGUGAUCUUUGUUUUUUUUGUUUUAGUGCUUUCGCUUUUUUGGAGGAGAGUUGUCUUCAUAUUUCCAAGCUCUCACAACAUUGGCUUCUGCUGCGCUUGCUGGCGCUACCUCACAAGGAGAAAAGGAAGAGGACGUUUUUUUAAAAAAAAUUCUUUUUCCCUUUUUUUUUUUUUUUUUUAACCCAGUUGGUGAUUUUCUUCAAGACUUGUGCUGGAACUUGAUAGUAGCUGCUACAGUGUGCUAACCAAUUGUUUAAUGCUGCUGCGGGAGCGGUCUAACCAGCCUGCUCCAUCAUUCACUGAACAGUCCAUGCUACCUCGGUUUGUUCUUUUUUUAAUAUUUACCUACCUUUCCCACUGAUGGGUGUACUGGAUGGCUGACUGUAAGCGCCCCUGGAAUUGGCCUUUAAGCGCAAGGCAGCGACUCAGCUCGCCAUCGCAUCAGUUUUGAAAACGUGCCUCGCAACGUCUACAAGAGCAAUAAAUCGACAGUUUUCAGGAGAUUCAGAGUGGAUUCAACGUAGGCUAGGUUUGACAUUUUGUGUGCCCGGCUGUUAGUCACAGUUUGCAGCGUUUCCUUGAGACAUUCUUCACCGCGACAGCAAAACGGCAGACAAAAAGUUUCUUUACGUUGACUGAUAGAUAUGGCAAUGGUAGUGUGGAGAGGCUCCCAGGACGAUGUGGCUGACACCCAAGGCACCCUUUCCUCGCAAACACAAGGAGGACUAUCUCUUCCCACCCCUCAACCAGGCCAGUUGAAUCUGACAGCCUCUCAGGUCGCCCCUCCGACCCCUCAGACUCCGGUCCAAGGACCCCCGAACAACACACAGUCCACGCCGACGAACCAGACGACACAACAGUCGGAGAAACAACCGCAGCACAUUGAAUGUGUGGUCUGUGGGGAUAAAUCUAGUGGCAAACAUUAUGGCCAGUUUACCUGCGAGGGGUGCAAAAGCUUCUUCAAACGGAGCGUACGACGGAACCUCACUUACACAUGCCGUGCCAACAGGAAUUGUCCAAUCGACCAGCACCACCGCAAUCAGUGUCAGUACUGCCGCCUCAAAAAAUGCCUUAAAGUCGGCAUGAGACGGGAAGUUUCUCUUUUUACUGCAGCCGUGCAAAGGGGUCGGGUGCCACCCACACAGCCACACCACGGUCAGUUCGCCUUGACAAAUGGAGACCCACUCCACUGCCAUUCCUACUUAUCCGGAUAUAUCUCUCUUCUAUUGAGAGCGGAGCCCUACCCGACGUCCCGCUAUGGCAGUCAGUGCAUGCAGCCCAACAACAUCAUGGGUAUCGAGAACAUUUGUGAACUAGCAGCCAGGAUGCUCUUCAGUGCCGUGGAGUGGGCCAGGAAUAUUCCCUUCUUUCCAGACCUUCAGAUCACCGACCAGGUGGCUCUGCUGAGGUUGACGUGGAGUGAGUUAUUUGUGCUCAACGCUGCGCAGUGCUCCAUGCCCCUGCAUGUGGCUCCUCUCCUGGCAGCAGCUGGCCUUCACGCCUCUCCCAUGUCUGCGGACAGAGUGGUGGCCUUUAUGGACCACAUUAGGAUCUUCCAAGAACAAGUGGAAAAGCUCAAAGCUUUGCACGUUGACUCUGCUGAAUAUAGCUGCUUAAAGGCAAUCGUGCUCUUCACCACAGAUGCUUGUGGCCUCUCAGAUGUGGCCCAUGUGGAAAGUUUGCAGGAGAAGUCCCAGUGCGCCCUGGAGGAAUAUGUCCGGAGCCAGUAUCCCAACCAGCCAACGCGGUUUGGGAAGUUGUUACUCCGCUUGCCUUCCCUCCGCACAGUCUCUUCCUCGGUCAUAGAACAAUUAUUUUUCGUCCGAUUGGUAGGUAAAACCCCAAUUGAAACUCUCAUCAGGGAUAUGUUGCUGUCGGGGAGCAGUUUUAACUGGCCUUACAUGUCAAUUCAGUAAACCAAGAAGGAGACGAACUAACAAAAGGUGGGGCUGGGGGGCUGCGAGACUACAAUGAUUAUAGCUGCUUUUGUGGAAGGAAUAAAAAAAAAAAGAAAAAAACCGGCUGUUACACGGGGCUGGCUUUCAUGAAGAAAGACAUUGACGUAAAUGACUGUGAAUCCCCCCCCACCCCCCCAACUCCGAAAAAAAGAAAUACAGCAAAAUUGAGACAUCAACUCAACUUUCAAAAUGGCAGAAACAAGCUCCCAGUGUUCAUGCAGAACAACCUGCUUCGAUCCAUUUUUGUAAUGAAAGAAGAAAAUAAGAAAAAAAAGGGAGAAGGGAUUUUGUUGAUCCUUAUGAGGAAAUUUUAAGUAUUAAGUACAUUUAAAAUGGAAAAAUUUGGGUUAAAGAAAAGAAAAAAAAAUGGAGAAAGGGAAAAUACAAAACGUGAAUUUUCUUUUCUCAAAUGACUUGUCCUGUGUCCAUGUAUAGCUGUGUUUUGUACUUUCUUUGUUCCUCCUUUCUGGUUACAAACCGGCCUAUGUGAUUUCUGUAGUACAGGUGGUGUUAUUUUCUAAAACAAUGAUUUAUUUUAAAAAUGGUGAAAUAAUGUAAGAAAAAAAGUUCUAAAAAGAAUUAAAACAACAGCAAUAGGAGGAUAGGCUUAUGAUCUAGGCUUGACGCUGCAAGCGCACUUAUAUUGUUAGGAUGACCAGUUCCAUCUGAAAUAAGGGAGGUGUUUCUGGAGUUCGUGUUCAACUUUGUGACCCUGCGGAUUUUUUUCCCUCUAUUUAAUUUACUGUUAUAAAGUUACAGGAUCUGCUUUCUUAUAUAUAUAUAUAUAUAUAUAUAUAUAUAUAUAUAUAUAUAUAUAUAUAUAUAUAUAUAUAUAUAUAUAUAUACAUAUAUAUAUAUGAAAGGUGGUUUGCAAGAUUUAAUUAACAUUUUUGAAUAUCUGCCAGCCCUUUUCCAUUUGGAUACAACUAAAAUAAAAGUUCUGCAACUAACUAACUAACUACAGCCUGUUGUUAUAAGAGCAUUUGAGACAGGUUGCUCUAUAAAGCAUGCAUUACAUGUGCAUUAAAGAGCGAUUGCAGAGACUCAAAACUGCACUGAAAGCAUAAUUGUUUGCAAAAGAAAAAAGAGAGGAAAAAAGUUGGAAAGAGGUCAAGGGUCAUAAAAGUUUGAAAUCCAGCCAGAGUAGUGUUUAAUAGCAGUAUUAUUAAAGUGUCCCUGAAAUGUCACCCUUUAUUCACUUCAAGCAUUAAGUGCCUGACAAGCAUGAUGUGAUUUCUUAUCAAAACGUUGUUAAAGUAGGCCUACAACAUUUUGGGGGAACACAAUUAGAUUUCAGUCGUGUAUUUCACUUGAAAAACACUGAUUAGAGGCAGUAUUCUUGUAAAUAUAGGUCAGUUAAUUUCAACGAGUUUUCCUUUAUACAAGAUAUAUGUGAUUAAGAAAAAUCUGUGGUUGCCAUUAUUUUUUCUUCUCGGUAAUACAACGUCUUCAAAAUUGAGUGGCAGACUUAGCUAGUAGCACUGAAAGUUAUGUUUUUAAUGUAUAUACAUAUUACAACAAAUGUUUUCUUUUUCAUGUAUAUUUAGACUGUGAAUGCAUGGCCACAGGUCGCUAACCUAUUUUACCUUUGAUAUAUAAAUGUAAAUGUUUUCUCUCUUUCUCUCUUUUUAUUUUUGACUGUAUAGAUAUAAUCUGUGCAUUCAGUACACACUAGCCCUUGUAUUUAAAGAAACAGAAAAGAAAAAAAAGAAAAAGAAACGACGUUCAUUACUAGGCUACAAACUUAAACAGGGUGAGCAGAUUUUUGAAA